UUUUACUUCAAAAUAACUUUGAGUUUUAGGUGUAACUAGCUAGCCUUAAAGUUCUAUCUGUAUUGCUACUUAUGGGAACUGUUUCUUUAAAUCUGUUUCCUCUGAUCUCCAGUCGACAAAGACUGGACAUUAACAGAGUUUCCGCUGAUCAGAGAUUGUUAAAAAAGAAGAGCAGUGCUAAUAUGUUCUUCCGUCUUGAUCAGAGCUCCAAAAAAGAUUCUUCUGCUCUGCAUUUGUGUGCGUAUAAUGGAAAGAAUAGUGGUGUCCUUGAAAAGGGCUUGGUAUCCCUUAAUGGUGCGCUGAAUUCAAAAGUGCACGAGGGGAUUGGAAUUAUUGACUUUUUUUCUGGCAAGAAAAUUCUUAUUACUGGUGCAACUGGAUUCUUAGCAAAAGUUCUUGUGGAGAAGAUUCUGAGGACCAUCCCAGAGGUGGAUAAGAUAUUUCUGCUGAUCAAAGCCAGGGAUAAGGAGGCUGCAAUGGAAAGACUAAUGAAUGAAAUUGUAGGUACAGAGCUCUUCAAGUGUCUACGGGAGAAGCAUGGAACAUCAUAUGAAAGGUUUGUCUUGGCCAAGUUGGUUCCUGUGGUUGGAAAUAUGCGUGAAACAAAUUUAGGCAUCAAGGAAGAUGUUGCUAAUCUUAUAGAAAAAGAAGUGGACGUAAUCAUCAAUUCUGCAGCCACUACAACAUUUGACGAAAGGUUUGAUGUUGCUCUUGAUAUUAAUACGAGAGGAGCUGCACGGAUUGUAAAUUUUGCUAAAAAGUGUAAGAAGCUCAAGUUAUACGUGCAUGUAUCAACAGCUUAUGCUUCGAGACGAAGUGAAGGAAAGAUCAUUGAAGAAUCGUUCGGUAAGGGGCAUUAUGUAGCAAACAGUGCUGGUAUGAUUGAAGCUGAAAUAAAGCUUGCAUCAGAAAUGAUAGAAUCUUCCAAGGAAAAUGAAAGAGAUCGAAAUCUCAAGGAUUUGGGUAUGAGUAGGGCACAGAAUUAUGGGUGGCCAAACACAUAUGCAUUUACCAAAGCAAUGGGUGAAAUGGUAGUCGAAGAUACAAAAGGACAACUGCCUGUAAUCAUACUUCGGCCUAGCAUCAUCGAAAGCACUUUAAACGAACCAUUUCCGGGUUGGAUAGAAGGUAACAGGAUGAUGGAUCCAGUUAUGCUCUUGUAUGGAAAAGGGAAACUCCCAGGGUUUUUUUUGAGCCCGGAAAUUGCCUUGGAUGUGGUACCAGCUGACAUUGUUGUAAAUUCAACAUUAGCGGCCAUAGCAAAACAUGGUGGCAAAGAAAGUAAGCUAGAAGACAACAAUGGUAGUGAUGAUCAUGUGUACCAGAUUACUUCAUCUGUUGCGAAUCCUUUGAUAACUCGGCAUCUGCUGGACCUGGUCUAUCAGCAUUUUAACUUAAAUCCUUGCUUUGAUCGUGAGGGAAAUCCAGUCCAAAUAUCAGCAUUCAAGUUCUUCGACUUCGUAGAAGAUCUGUUGGCUGACAUGAAGAGCACACAUGACAAUGAAGAGAUUUCUCCCAAACAGGAACUUAUUCGAAGAAAAUCAAUAGAAUAUUUUAAGUACAUGGCUAAUCUAUACCAACCCUACACCUUCUUUCAUGGAAGGUUUGAUAAUAACAAAAUGGCGAAACUAUGGGAGUGCUUGUCUGAAGAAGAAAGGAAGGAGUUUGGAUUUGAUGUAAGUUCCAUAGAUUGGAAAGACUACAUUGUAAGGAAACAUUUUCAUGGUGUAAGGAAGCAUGUCAUGAAGGAGACAGCCCUCAAGUAGUUAUAUUUUUGAGCAACACCUCGAUGCCUUUGCUCGGUAUGUUGAUGCCUAGGCUCCAAACUAUAAUCAUCUAUUGAUGCUCCAAUUGUCUUUAAAAUCUUGAUAAGAAUGGGGACGGGCAUCAUUUCUUCGUUUUUAUUAUCAUCCAUGCUGAUGCUCUUAUUGUCUCGAAAAUCUAGAGAGGUGUGGGCAGAUGAAAUUAUUUCUUUGUUAUAAUCAUUAAUCUCAAUAAUGUAUCUUUUUUACUGAUAUAAUCUUUCAUGCCCUCAGUCUAGCUGAAUUAACUGAUCUACAGAUGAAUACUGAGCGAA